AUGAAAUCCUUUUUCAGUAAUCUCUUCAAAACCAAUUCCACCUCCACAACCACAACCUCCACCUCCACAGCAGGAUCCAUCACGACCACUUCAACCAUUCAAUCCAACCGUAAUCGUCCUUCCCAUCAACGAGCAGCUUCCUUCAUUGACAAAACCACCACCACUUCUCUUUCCACAGAUUAUUCACAACAACAACCAACAAAUUCUGAAUAUAACUCGAACAACAACAACAACCCUUCAAAUUCCUCUCCACUCAAACGAAAGAGAAAUCAAAAUUAUUCAGAUGACACUCUCCAUGACAUGUUAGAAUCAUAUUCUCCAAGAGGAGGAGCUGGUAAAGGUUAUCAUCAAGAUCUUGGACAUGAAAAGAUUCUUUUGAAAGCUCCAACGACUCCGGAUCGAUCGAAACAACUCAAAUUGACUCCGCCCCAUGAGAGAGGACUCAUGUCGAGAAGAGCUUCUUCUUCGAAUGCAUGUCAUGAAGAGAAUGUAGUUAGCAACAACAGCAGCAGCAGUGCACACAAUGGUUCAAGAUCCCAUAAUUUGAAACGAAACUCUUCAUUGAUGAUGAAUCCAUUGGGACUUCAAGAGUCAAAUGUCAAACAAAAGAAUAAGGAAACUGGAAAUUUGUCGACCAGCCAGAUGAAUUCUUCCAAACAUGUCCAUGGUCGUUCCAUGUCCUUAAAAUUCCUUCCUGGACAACUUCAAAACAAUCACCCGUCAAGUAGAGAAGAUGCUUCAAACUCUUCUUUACAAUCUCCUCGUUUACCUUCUUCUCCAAUGACCUCCACGAAACAACAGCAAUGCUCACCCGCUCGCUCGAAUGGAUCUACCACGAAUUAUAAUCCAUUGGAAACCUUUCCACAGGCAUACAAGGGUUUGGAACCUUUUUGUAUCGAAGCCUCACUUGCCAAAUUAGGAAAGAAAUUCAAUGAAAUGAUUUACAAGCAAACUGAGAGUUGGAUUCAAGCUUCGAAUGGUGAAGAAGAGCUAAAGAAUGCCAGUUCUAAUAUGAAGUUCACAAGAGAUUUACUUCGAAUGUCUCAUUGUAUGAGUGUUGAUGAAUUUGAACCUGUCAAACUUCAACAAGUGAAUUCUCGAGCUUCUCAAAGCAACCUUUCGUUACAAACCCCUCUUUCAGGUAAAUUCAAGAGAAUUCAUGACUUUUCUCAAAUCGAAGAUCCCACUCUAAGAAUGAUUGAAAUUAUUAAUGCAACUCAUGACCUCUUUGAAAAUAAGAAUUCGAACGGUCCUGUCAAAUUCUGUACUCUUGAAUGUUAUCAAGACUUGACCAAUACGUUCCAAUCACAAAAUGUUCAACCCGAUGAUUUGGUUAAUGUAUUUAGAACAUUGUGUGUGAAGAGACAACGUCAUCAAGCAGCUUCAAGUCAAAUGUCAUCCUCUCAACACAAAAGAAGCUCGUCCAACCUGUCCUGUAUCGAAAAACCACAUCCCAUGCUUAAAGUGUUAUGUCUCAUUGAUCAAUCCGUUGUGGUUGGCACAUUAGGUCAAGUAGCUCAAUGCAUCAUGACUCUGAAAAACAGCAUUUCUCAACUUCCUCAAAAGGAAGCUGCCGUUACCAUCGACCAAUUUAAGGAUAUUCGUGGAACAUGGACCGUAACCUUUAGAGAUUAUGGAGACAAGUUGAGUGUGUUGCAUCAACGUACGGAUUGCAUGUUGACGAAAAACAAUCCAAAAUUAUUUUCCAAUAACGGGAAUCGAAGUGGCGCCUCUUCGAAAUUACCUCGCUCUGAAUUUUUGGAAUUGUUUCACAUCACAUGGCAAGUCGAGUUGUUUUUCAAUUCUCGAGAAAAUCCUCAAUUCAUUCAAGCUAUUGAGGUUUCAUUGAGGGACAUUGAUUGGACAUGUUCUGGCUCGAGAGAUCUUCACGAUGAGAAUUCAACAUUUAUCAUGUUGACUCCUGAACAGAGAUUUGAAGCAGAGAGAAUUUGUCGUCUCUUCUUCUCUGUCAAGAAUGAAGUGAAACGAUUCAGUCAGAACAAUGCAAGUGAUGGCAUGCGGUCAGUUCUCACACAACCUGUGAAAUGUCGACUCGAUAAUAUUCCACCUCAUGUUCCAGGAGUACAAUUAAGUUCUCUCAACUCGAGCAAUAACAAUGGAUUAACUUCACCAAGACCAACAACUGCGAACGUUGAUGGAGGCAAUUUGACAAGUCCUCGAAGAAGGGCAACUCCUUCCUUGCGUCUCAAUUACAAUUGGUUCACGAAAUUGUUCUCUUCCAAUUCGAAUUCGGCUCAAGUGGAGGAUGUAUUGGCUGAGUAUGUUGUUCCCACGAGUACCAGCACUUCCCUUAGAUAA